ACAGAAUUGGCUCAUUUAAGUUCAUACUUUAAUUAUAUAGAGAUAUAACUCGCUUUUUUUCUCAAAAAAUUGGCUUAAUGGCAGCAUUACACGUUCCCCAGCCUAUCCGAUGAGUCCUGGUGGAGCGAGUGAGUGACUCUUGAAUCUAUUCGCAGCUGCUCUGUCGCUUCCAUGAUCCACUCCAGUCCGGAUUUGGCAUAGGAAAGGAACAGCUGCUGUAACGUUUUAGCAAUUUCUGGAGAUAGAAGGAGCUGUAUAGUGAGACAUGCGGGGUCCAGAGGAGUCGCUCCAGCAGCUUUGGAGACCGGACGGGCAGCAGCAGCCGUAGAGGAUCAUGGCCGAGGACUAUUGGGAGCGCGCGGCGGCUUUGGGAUAUUAUUACUGCUGUUAAGAUUACACGAGCAACACACACUCACUAUACACAAGCACACACGGAUCUCAACUCCACGGGGCGGGUUGAACAGUGGCAGCCCCUCCACCGGCCUCAUCUCGGCCCCCUUUACCCCCACUGAUGGACCGCAUGAGGAAGAUCAAACGGCAGCUGUCCCUGACGCUGCGGGGGGGUAACAGCGGGGACAAGAGCCUGAGCGAGACCAUCAGCUCUCAGGACACAGGAGCCCACAGCGAUUCCGAGGCCAUGCCAGUUGGCGGCAGUGGUGGUCUGCGGGGUUCAGUGAGAGGUUCGGGGGGUUCCUUCAGCAUGCACUCCCUCCUGCAGUCCUACAGCAGCGCCCUGCGCAGACCACGCAGCCUGGGCCGCAGUCUCAGCUCCUAUCUCAACCACACCACACGCCUCGAAAUCGUUCAUGAGGAUGUAAAAAUGGGUUCAGACGGAGAGAGCGAUCAGGCUUCGGCCACGUCCUCCGAUGAGGUGCACAGUCCUGUCCGAGUUCGUCUGAGAAACAACCCCGGUCGCAAAAUUUCCACAGAGGACAUAAACAAGCGUCUUUCUCUGCCUGCCGAUAUCAGGCUUCCUGAUGGCUACCUGGAGAAAUUCAGCCUCAACAGCCCUCUGUUUGACAAACCGCUCAGCCGGAGAUUACGCAGAGUAUCACUGUCUGAGAUCGGAUUUGGUAAGCUGGAGACGUACGUGAAACUGGAUAAACUAGGAGAGGGCACCUACGCUACAGUAUACAAGGGCCGCAGUAAGUUGACGGAUAACCUGGUGGCUCUGAAGGAGAUCCGUUUGGAGCACGAGGAAGGAGCUCCAUGCACUGCCAUUAGAGAAGUGUCUCUACUGAAGGACCUGAAACACGCCAAUAUUGUGACUCUUCAUGACAUCAUCCACACUCAGAAGUCUCUUACGCUUGUGUUCGAGUACUUGGAUAAAGAUCUGAAGCAGUAUCUUGAUGACUGUGGAAACAGCAUUCAUAUGCACAAUGUUAAGCUCUUCCUGUUUCAGCUGCUGCGAGGUCUAAACUACUGUCACAGACGUAAAGUCCUUCACCGAGACCUCAAGCCCCAAAAUCUCCUGAUCAACGACCGCGGGGAGCUGAAGCUAGCCGACUUUGGUCUGGCACGAGCAAAGUCAAUUCCUACGAAGACCUACUCCAAUGAGGUUGUGACCCUCUGGUAUCGUCCACCUGACAUCUUGCUUGGCAGCACAGACUAUUCCACACAGAUUGACAUGUGGGGUGUUGGCUGUAUCUUCUACGAGAUGUCUACAGGUCGACCCUUGUUCCCCGGCUCUACAGUGGAGGAGGAGCUGCACUUUAUCUUCAAACUGCUCGGUACGCCCACAGAGGAGACCUGGCCCGGAAUAACCUCCAAUGAGGAAUUCAUCUCCUAUAACUACCCACGAUACCGUGCAGACUGUCUCCACAACCACACUCCACGGCUGGACAAUGAUGGAGUUGAACUUCUGUCAAAACUGCUGCAGUUUGAGGGGAAGAAACGAAUCGCAGCAGAGGAAGCCAUGAGACACCCAUACUUCCACUGCCUGGGAGAGAGACUUCUCACACUGCCAGACACUAUAUCAAUAUUUGCACUUCAAGAAAUUCAGCUGGAGAAGGAGCCAGGAAUGAGGACGAACUCUCUGUCAGAAUCAGUCAACAGCAUAUCUCAGCGGCAGAGUCUGCUCUUCUGAGGGCACGUGGGGCGACUCAGGAUGGGGGAAGACGGAAGAGAAAUAAACGGGGGAGGACGCUGUCGUGAAGAUGAAGGGAUAUCAGUUUUUAUUUCUCCAUCUGAGUCAUUCGCUAGUCCUGUGGCAUUAUGUGUUUAGAAGGGGGUCACUGUAGUUGUUUACACGGAGAGGACGUCCAUUUUUGUGUAUUUGUUUUCUUCGUUUCAAAUGAUAAUGCACUCGCCCUUCCCUGUGCACAUUACAAACACGUUCUUCCCGCUUGCCGUGACGUGCUUGCGUCAAUCCAGCCGCUGUAAAUCAACCAAUCAGACGCCGAAUGUUAUCGGAUGGCAUCUACGUCAUCUUUUGGCCGCAACAAAUUGGUUUUAUUUGCAAUAUUUCUCAAUUGUUAUGUCAUAAGAAGGCCAGUUUAUGAAGGAACGAGCCUUGAAUGCUGUUCAUAUUCAACGAGAAGCCAAGUCGCUCUAGUCUUCCAGAAAAGAAUCCCUUGUUUUUAGUGUCAUCCGCCCUCCCAUCCAAAGAUGAACAUUUAGUACUAUGCUAGCACAAUGGAUCCAUCAAUCAUAAUCUGUGUUUUCAUCAAAACAUUGACGGCAUGCUUGUAUGUCAUGUAAUCAUUUCACUUUUAAGUUGUGGUUCACAUGUUUUUUUGUCAUGCAAUACAGUUUGAUAAUCUAGAAAACA